CCCGCGGUUCUCUCGCUCGGCCUCAGUUGUCGGAGAGGCCGGCGGGGCGAGUCUCACUGCGGAGCCGAAGGAGGAAUUAAAGCAGCGCUUUCAGCGGUUCGGCUGUUUAAACUCGCUAAUUGGUUGUUUUUCCGCCCUGUGGACGAUUUGAGCGCGAAGAUGCCCUCGGCAACGAAUGGCAACCGGACUGUGAAGUCUGCCAGCCCCGAAGUCGGAUUCGCUCCUGCAUCGCUGAACCAAAUUGCGAGCAGCGGCCAGUUACCCGGGACCCAGUCCGAGGCUAUGAAGCAGGUCUUGGGUGUCGUUGAGAAGAAAGUCCGCAACAUGGAGAAGAAGAAGAGCAAGCUGGAUGAUUACCAUGCCAGGAACAUUAAAGGAGAACGUCUCAAUCAGGACCAGCUGGAAGCUCUGUCCAAGUACCAGGAAGUCAUCAAUAACCUGGAAUUUGCUCGGGAGCUGCAUAAAAGUUUUCUGGCAUUGAGUCAAGAUAUCCAGAAGGUGGCAAAGAAGGCUGCACGGCGGGAGCAGCUCCUGCGAGAUGAGGUGGAACAGGCGCGGCUCAAGAAAGUUCUGGAAGUGCAGUUUCUCUUGGAUAGGCUUGGAGAUGAGGCUGUGCGACAGGAACUCCUUCGGAGUGCUGACGGGCCAGCGCUGCUCUCUGACAACAACCUUGCUGCUCUGGAUGAAUUCUACAAGCUGGUGGGGCCAGAACGUGACCAAAACAUCAGGUUGAAUGACCAGUAUCAAGAAGCUUCUCAGCAUUUAUGGGACCUCUUGGAGGGGAAAGACAAGGCAGUUGCAGGAACAACUUAUACAGCCCUGAAGGAGAUGCUGGAGCGGGUACUGCAGAGUGGCUAUUUCGAUCGAAUGCAGUCUCAUCAGAAUGGCAUGUGCACUGAGGACGAGGAGAAGCCUGCACCUGUGGUGGAGCCCUCUGAGACAGAGGAGCAGCACGCAGACACGGAAGGAGAAAUGGCUGGAUAUCCUUCAGAGCCCAUUAUGGAAACUACAGAGUUUGUAAAUAGACAGUUCAUUCCAGAGACCACAUACAGCAGCUGUGAGACUGAGCAAGGAGAGGAGUGGAGAGCUGAAACAAAAAUGGCAAAUUCCCCUGUUCAGACAGCCCCUGCUCCAGAGGCCCAUCCACUGACCUCGGUGAUUCCCACACCCUCCUCAGACCCCUUGGUCAGAAAGCAGGUUGUUCAGGAUCUCAUGGCGCAGAUGCAGGGGCCCUACAACUUCAUGCAGGACUCCAUGCUAGAAUUUGAUGCACAGCCAUUGGACCCAGCUAUCGUAUCAGCACAGCCCAUGAAGUCAUCUAAGACUAUGGAGAUGUCUCAAAUGGUUUGCCCGUCAGUUCAUCCGGAGUCCCACCUUGCACAACCUCCUGCUGUUCCUGUACAGCCUGAACCGACGCAGGUCCCCAUCGUCUCCCCCUCACCGGACGCCUACUCCUCGCCACCCCCUAUGUACCCCCCACAUGCAACUGACCCUCAGCCACAGACGGAUUCUGUUGAUCCUAUUCAGGCCUCCGUCUCAUUGACCGAGCAGCCUCCUCCUUCCUCGGCUCUCUCUGCCAACUCUCAGGCGCAAGUGUUCCAGCCCAACUCCAGACACAACAGUGGCAUCAAUGUCAAUGCGGCACCAUUCCAGUCUAUGCAAACGGUCUUCAAUCUUAAUGCACCAGUCCCACCAGCUAAUGAGGACUCUCCUAAGCGGACCAGUCAGUACCAGAGCAGCUACAGCCAGGGUUUUAACAACCAGACGCAGCACCCUGUGGAACAGACAGACAUGCAGUCAGAACAGCUCCAGUCUGUGGUUGGCACUUUCCAGGACCAGUCACUUCCCACUUCCACAGGCCAUCAGCCCAUGUCACAACAGCCCGUGGGUCAAGGCACCACAUUCAGCCGGCAGACGCAGUCCUUUUACAACAGUCGGGGUAUGUCUCGUGGUGGGCCUCGGAGCUCCAGGGGUAUGAUCAAUGGCUAUAGAGGACCAGCCAACGGUUUCAGAGGAAGCUACGAUGGUUACCGUGCGCCGUUCCCUGGCACUCCAAACUCUGGCUAUGGACAGGCCCAGUUUGGCACCGCUCGAGACUACUCCAACAGCAGCUUCCAGAGGGAGGGCUACCACCAGAAUUACAAACGUUCCACUGGACAGGGGCCUCGAGGGGUCUCGCGAGGAAAUGCCCAAACCAUGAGGUCCUAAAAGACUUUUUGACUCGCUUGACAUCUUGGGCUACAUCAAAUGCUUAGUCAGAUAUGGAAAAUCCAUAUGUUCCAUCUCCCGUUGUAUUCUCGUCAGUGGUAUUUUUCCUUCUGGCACUUGAUGAAAGUAAACAUUGGCACAUCUCUAAAGUAAAGAGAACUUUCUGGGCACAGAGUAAGCAAAUUAAGAUUUCACUGUCAGUGACCUUUAAUGUGGUGCAGGACCGCGCUUAAUCUGUAUCUGCAGGACCGCAGGUCAGGUCUAGUCCUGCACUGUUACUAUGUUUAUAGUAAUAUUGCGUUGGAAAGGUCUGCGUAGUCAAGGACUAUGCGUAGUCUAGAAAAUGGCCCAAUGUUUUAUUGAUAAAGAACUGAAGUCACUGUCAAGGUUUUAAGCUAGCCUGUAAACUUGAAAUAUUUCAUUAAUUUAUUAUUUUGUAUUAAAAAAGGCAAAAUUCCUGCCGCCACUGGUGUGAUGCAUUUUUUUUUUUUUUUUUUUUCCACUCCCCUCUCCAAUUUGCCUGGUCCCAAGAAGCAUUUUUCAUUUGGGAAAAGAAGGAAAGGCCCCAACUACUCAAUUUGUUUAUUGAUGUUGCUUUGAGAAUUUCAAUAAAGAUGUGUUGCGUAA